AUGCAAUCGAAAGUGGUUUGGAGUAUUGAAAUUCUUCAGUCCGUUUAUGAGCCAUUCCGUUGCCUUGCUAUCGAUGACGCUCUUCCGUCGUUGUUUGUUUUCAAAACACAAGUUAGCGAUCAAGACCGCCGCCGCACUUCGUAUAGAGACGCGAGCGGGGAAGGUCUGGAAUGUUGUAACUACUUUCUCAAUGCCUCCAUUCGUGCAAAAAAUCUCUCGGUUCUGUUCUGUCUCAGAGAGGGAUCUCAUUGUAACGACGCAGUUCUUGAUGAUGACAUCAUCCGCCGCGAAACGAGUCCAGGCGUCGAGGAGUUGGUGCACACCCCCCCUCUCGCCAAUCAGGGCAGAAAGGUGCUGUUUUUCACACAAUGCAGCCAAGGCGAGCAGACCGCUGCAUUGCACAGAUCGCUCACUCUCAAAUGA